GAGGACCACACAGGCGUGUCCCUCCCCAGACUGCCGCCACCGCCUCCUCACGGUCUUCGCGAUCAGAACCGCCGGAUGCACCGGCUUUGCUCCUCGUCGCCGCCGUCUCAGCCGGUGCUCGUGCCGAGAGGCACCACAUGUCAGGUCCAUAGCGCCAGAGCCAUUCGUUCCCAUUAUAUCCUGUUGUUCAACGUACACCAGCCGCGUCAGUGCUUCUGAUUGACUGCGGACCAUCAUCGGCGCGCCGGUGUUGUUGACGUGUGGGCGCUCCCGUCGGGGCUGACAUUUCACGCGGGGCGGCUAUUACAACGAAGUCCGCCAAAACAUUGUUACCGACAGCUGAAUGGAAAUGAUGAACAUUGAGGGGCAAAUUAAGAGCGCUGUGCUUCAAACUCGUCCUGUUUAUGAAAGUCGAUUGUCAUAUGCUGAUGUUGUGCAGUAUGAGCAGACGUGACUUUAGCGGCGUUUGCUAACUUUUUUAAUGCGGUAAAUGUGCUGACACACUAGAUAUCAUGAAAUAGCAAACUAGAUGUGCUACUACAUCGAUGAAUUCUAAAACUGUCAUGACUAAGAAGGCCAAAUCAAUCCAUACCAGUGACUAUAUAUAAUGUUGCAAAUAUUGUUAAUUCAGUACGUGACACGGAUGGAUUCGGACCACAAAUAGGAUGUCUUGCUCAUGUAGUAAACCUAGCUGCUAAGAGAGCUGUAGCAAUCAACAGUGCCCUGCCUCACUUUACAAACAGUAAAAAUUGUUCUCAGCACUUUUAUACAAAUUUUUUUCAGAUCAGUAAGACGUAAGCACAUAAAUAUUAUGCACUAAAAUGCAUAUUUAUAUGAUGGCAAUUUCAUUUUUGCUUGUUAGCAAACAAAAAAAAAAAAAAAAAAAGAAACAAAAAAUAUAAUUGUUUUUUUUUUUUUUUUUCUUCAGAGCAUUAAAUGUAUUGAAAAUCGUACCGAACCGUGACUUAACUGUAUCGUUGCAUCCCUAUGGAACACCAUUGCAGAAGUUAUGAGGGGAAAAGAUUUCAUUUGCCUAAAUGCUUAAGUUAUUAAGUGCAAUUUUAUUUUAUUUUUUCUUGAAAAACACAUUUUAUUUAUUCUGUGUUUCUGUGCGGUAUUAAUAUUGUUGUGUUUUACUUAAGAGGCAUGGUCAAUUGUUUUUAGUUGUGAUUUCUUAAGUAUUUUUGUAAAUAUUUAUCGCGUUUAAAUGUGUGUACUUGAUCUAUUAAUAUUUACUGUAUUCUCACUGUGUUAUUGUAAAUUGGUUUAAAAAAAAAUUGGGGGGGGCGCAAUAAUAUCGCAAUAAUUUAUGAGCUAAAUAAUUGCACACUAAAAUUUGUUAUCGCGACAGGCCUAGGUAUAACAGACGUCAAAAAACGGCUGCGUGCCGAAGCGGUGUCCGUUUUAUGUGUUUCAACAUUACUUUCUCCGUGAUCAGCGGUCUAAGACAUUUUACAUUUGCUUGAUUACUUUGAACAACUGUCUUUCACGUGAAAGUCAUUUAAACUAGGUUUUGUUUCGCCCUUUAGCAUGUUAGCACUUUGACAAUAAUAGCAGCAAGGAUAAAGAGAGAUCCAAAUUUGAUCCGCAUUCACUUUUUCGGUGUUUGAUUAGGCAUGUUUUCCCAUAUUGGGAGAAAUCAUGUGACUUCUUCGGAAGGGAACCAGGUUACAAAGCAGUCAAGCAGGUCUUACAGUAAGUCAUGUGCUGUAGUGAUAUUCUACCACGUGGGAGAGUUUUUACACUUGGGAAAGUGACGUCAUGGAAACUGGACUCUGUGAAAGGAGUUACCGAGCGGAGCUGUAACAUGACUCCCACUUUCGUUUUGCCGCUCUCCACUGGCCAAGCCCAAACAAGGGAGGUGAAAGGUCGCAUUCUAUGCCGGGUGCCGCUUUGCCAUUGGUCGCCGCUGUGAGCCGACUUCCUAUUUCCUAUAGGUUGGCAGCCGGCGCACAUUCCUUUUUGUGUUGUUUUGUUGAAGCCAAGCCACGAGCACGUUCACCUCGGCAUGGUGAUGGCACUUUGAGAGCUCUCUACUUCCACUUCUACUGGUUUACAGAAGUUCUGCUGCCUCACUUUAUUUUAUUCAGUCAAGUUGCACCUUCCAACAGCCUUUGCAGCAGCUCCGCCCUCCUCGUGAAAUGUCCCAGCGCCCCUCCACUCAUUCGACAAUAGGCUGCCGCCACGCUCAACCAUCACAGACUGCUAAGCACCCCGGCGCCACCGUCUCCUCUAAGUCUUGCUCCGGCGUCGAGAUGCUGGAGCGUAAUCUGGAGAAGCCUAAACUGGUGGUGGUGGAACAACCCAAAGAGCGAGGCAUGAGGUUUCGCUACGAGUGUGAGGGCCGCUCGGCCGGCAGCAUCCUGGGCGCAUCCGGGAGCGAAAGCAACAAGACUCAGCCUGCUGUCGAGAUUCAAGGUUCCGUCGAGCACUUAAAGAAGGUCACGGUUACAGUUUCCCUGGUGACCAAAGACCCCCCGCACCGGCCGCACCCCCACUGCCUGGUGGGAAAAGACUGCCCGACUGGAUCGGGUAUCUGCGUGGUGACGCUGAAUCCUCAGACUAACCGACGCCACAGCUUCGCCAACUUGGGCAUCCAGUGUGUGAGGAGGAAAGAACUUGACGUGUCACUACAAAAGAGAAGAAGCCAAAAUAUUGACCCCUUUCAAACCGGUCACUCCAAGGGAAUCGAAGACAUGGACAUGAAUGCCGUGCGUCUGUGUUUCCAGUGCGAGCUCGAGUGGGAGGACGGCACGGUGGACAGUCUUAGCCCUGUGGUGUCCAACCCCAUCUAUGACAAGAAGGCGACCACAACAUCUCAGUUGAAAAUUAGCCAGUUGAACCAGUACAAAGGUAGCUGUGCCGGCAAGACGGAGAUCUACAUGCUGUGUGACAAAGUCCAGAAAGACGACAUCGAGAUCAUCUUCCGACACGGCUCUUGGAAAGCCAACGGCGAGUUCGCCCAGACGGACGUUCACCGGCAGAUCGCCAUCGUGUUCAAAACGCCGCCCUACCGAGAACAGGACAUCACGGACGAAGUGGACGUCAGCGUCACCCUGCGCCGCCUCUCCGACCAGAUGGAGAGCGAGCCGGUCACGUUCACUUACUUGCCUUCCAAUCCAGAUCCGUAUGAGGUCAAGCGCAAGAGAAAGAUUAAGUCGCACAUGAACUUCCAAGAAAAUACCAACGUGACAGCAGCUGACCUUGCAGCGGCUGCACCGGAACAGGCCUUCCACUUCCCCCACGACAUGACGUCGCCACGCUCAACCCAACCGGGGCUCGCCCCUCUUGGCGAAAUUGUCUACGCCGAGCCCACGGACAUCCCCAUUGACAGCGAGGAGAUGGACCUCCUCAGCCAGCUGCUGGAGAUGCCCGGGCUGAUGGACAUGUUCUCCGACCCUGCCGCGGUUGUGCCUGAUGCCGGUCAGGCCAGCUUUGGGGGCGCCAACCAGAACUUAGGCCCGUACACCCAGGACUUCUCCCGCUACGAAGAUUUGCGCUUCAACAUGCUAGUCAACGAGAACUGGAACAUGCAAACCGAGCCGCAGGCCGGCCCGUCCGAUUCGGUCCACGUCAAGAUCGAAGAUGACCUAUGAGGGUGCGACGCCGGAAAAUAGUCGGCACCGCCUCACUGUUCAUUUCCUGUUAGGUAACAGUAGAUUGGUUUCACACCUCUGUGAUGUUGGCCCCCCAUCAGACACACAUUAAUAUAAAAAUUACGUCAAUCAUUUGUGCUGCUAUCGUUUUUCUUUUAUAGGUCAAUCUGAUGUCAACCAGCCCCUCCAUAUUUGAUUUAAACCAGCUAAAACUGGUGUCAAAUCCUUUCGUUUGUGCAGCAACGUUUUUGUUGAUAUUACUUCUACAUUUAAUUUGUAGUGAUAACAUUACGCAUCCCCCACAUCUGGCACAAAUGAAACAUUGCAGUUCCAUUAGCAGGUUUACAUCAAAGUGGGGGUGGGGGGGUUAGUUGACCUCAGAUUGACCUAUAAAAGCAUUGUAAAUUAUCUGAAAAACGAUAGCAGGAAUGAAACUUAACAGCACAAAUCCAGCACAAACAAUGACACAAUUUAAAAAUAUAUGUAUAUAUAUUAUAAAAAAAAUUGUGUCUGAAGGGGGGCCAACUCCAUCAAGGUUGCAUUCACUUGGUAGUAAUUAAUAAUUGUUUUUGCUGGGCCAUGCUCGUAGUUUUUUUUAUUUUUAAUUUUCCCCCAAUAAUUUGCACAACUUCCUUUCAAUUAAUCCAGGAAAUAGUCUGGACCAUCUCACUUUCAUUUCCUAUCAGGUAACAAUAUGUAACAUCAUUCUCUUAGUGGUAAAUAGUGUGGACUUGUUUUUGCUAGGCCAGGUUAAAAGUUGUUGUUUUUUCCCUCAAGUUCCUUUCAAUUAUUCCAGGAAAUAGUCUGGACCAUCUCAGUCUCAUUUCCUAUUUAUCAGGUAACGAUAUGAAACAUUCCAUUAAUGGUAAAUAGUGUGGACUGGUUUUUGCUAGGCCAUGCUAAAAAUUGUUUUAACUUCCCCCAACUUUUCUGUUUUUUUUUUUUUUUAAGUAAUCCAGGAAUUAGUCUGGACUGCCUCACUUUUCAUUUCUUGUCAGAUAAAAGUAGUUAACAAUAGUUUAGUAGUAAAUGAAGCAGUAAAUUCUUUUCAUUUCUUGUCAGCUAACUGUGGGCUACACAGUUGUAAACUGUGGAGGGAAGAAGACAAAUUUACCCAAUUUUUGCACUUGUUACUUUUAAUUUCAGUAAUCCAGGCAGUAAUUUGUUCACCAAUAGCAGAAAUGAAACUUUUAACAGCAUAAAUCCAGCACAAACGAGUAUACAAUUUUAAAAUAUAUGUAUAUAUAUUAUAAAAUUUGUGUCUGAAGGGGGGCCAACUCCACCAAGGUUGCAUUCACUUGGUAGUAAUUAAUUGUUUUUGCUGGGCCGUGCUCGUAGUUCUUUAAAAAAAAUUUUUUUAAUUUUCCCCGAUAAUUUGCACAAGUUCCUUUCAAUUAAUCCAGGAAAUAGUCUGGACCAUCUAACUUUCAUUUCCUAUCAGGUAACAGUAUAUAACAUCAUUCUCUGGUAAAUAGUGUGGACUUGUUUUUGCUAGGCCAUAUUAGUUUUUCCCCCCCCAAUUCCUUUCAAUUAAUCCAGGAAAUAGUCCGGACCAUGUCACUUUAAUUUCCUAUCAGGUCACAAUAUGAAACAUUCCAUUAAUGAUAAAUAGUGUGGACUUGUUUUUGCUAGACCAUGCUAAAAGUUGUUUUAACUUCCCCCAAUGUUUUUUUUAUUAAUCCAGGAAUUAGUCUGGACUGCCUCACUUUUCAUUUCUUGUCAGAUAAAAGUAGUUAACAAUAGUUUAGUAGUAAAUGAAGCAGUAAAUUCUUUUCAUUUCUUGACAGCUAACUGUGGGUUACAUUCACGUAGUUGUAAACUGACUGGAGGGAAGAAGACAAAUUUACCCAACUUUUUGCACUUGUUACUUCUAAUUACAGUAAUCCAGGGAGUAAUUUGUUCACCAAUAACAAGCUCAUUGUCGCUUUUCAUUUCGUUCGAUGUAGCAAUAUAGAACAUUGUUCAGUGUUAAUCAAAGGGGCUUUGUUUUUGAAAUAGUCUCAUUCUUGGUUUCCUUUAUAUAGGUUGAAAUGCUAAUUUCAUUCCAAAGGCCUCGGGUAGGCUCAGCAUUACUAAAUAUUUUUCUAUGUAUCCUUGUUAAGUCCAUACAUUUGUCAUGCAUGUGUCUAAUGUGUACUUGAGACUGAAAACUGAAUUGUUGUUAAUGUGUUGGCCGCCAUUGACUGUGAUAGACGUCCAUUAGCGUCAAUGGCACUGAAAAAAUUCCAAAGAGAUCUUAAAUCCCAUUUACUUGUUCAACAUUCCCAUGUAAAAGCAGUGACGAAAGGCAAUAAAACAUGCCAAAAAUCUUCCGAGAAUUUGUUCAAGUAAUGUCUUUCAAAACUAGGGCUGUGACAAAAUAUCGAAAUGGUGAUAUAUCGUGAUACUUUGUAUCCCAAAAGGUUAUCGAUAUGCUCCUGCCAAGAAUCGAGAUAUCGUUUUAGAAAGGUGUC